AUGUCCCUUCAAGCAAUUAAAUUUGACAAAAGUUCCAACUCUUUGGAAAUCCUAGACCAGUUGCUUCUUCCUUAUUCAACUGCGUACAUUCAGAUCAACUCCAUCGAAGAUGCCUACCAAGCUAUAAAGAAGAUGCAGGUUAGAGGAGCCCCUGCAAUUGCCAUUGUAGGUGCAUUUGCUAUAGUUGUUGAGCUCAAGGAUAAAGUAGGUGCCUUAACUGUUGAAAAUCUUAUUUCCCAGAUAGACUACUUGGUGUCGUCUAGACCGACAGCUGUGAACCUUUCAAAUGCUUGUAACGAUAUCAAGAACUUGAUCAAAUCGAAGCUCCCAAACCACACCGAAACGGACUCUUUUGUUUUUGACACCAUCCUCCAGUAUGCGGUCGCCUUGUAUGAAGACGAUUUGAGCAACAAUUUCAAGAUUGGAGAAAACGGUUUGAACUACAUUCGUGAGUCGUUAAAGGCGGAAUCAUUUAAAGGUCCGUUCUCAAUAAUUACCAUUUGUAACACCGGCUCUUUAGCUACUUCAGGGCAUGGUACUGCAUUGGGUAUAAUCAGAACUGUCCAUUCGAAGUUGUCGGACCCUGAGGGAGCUGAUGGGUUUUGGCUAAACCAGGUCUACCCAUGUGAGACUAGACCAUACAACCAAGGUGCCAAGUUGACUACCUAUGAAUUGAACUAUGAGAAAAUCCCAUUUACGCUUAUUUGUGAUAAUAUGGCUUCAUCUUUAAUAGAGACUUUAAACAAUAAGGGCAAGUCAAUUAAGGGCAGCAAGUCUGUGGCGGCUCCAGUGAAAUUUAUUAUUGUAGGUGCUGAUAGGGUUGUUAAGAACGGUGAUGCUGCCAACAAGAUUGGUACGUUCCAGCUUUCGGCGCUUGCAAAUUUCUUCAACAGAAGAACAAAGCAACCAAUAAAGUUCAUCGUAGCUGCUCCUAGAACAACUAUCGACUUAAACACCGCCUCUGGAGAGGAUAUUGUAAUUGAAGAAAGACCUAGCAAUGAGUUGACCACUUUGAAUGGUCCAAUCCUUUCGUCUGAUGGUACUGUAGGAGAAAAGAUUACUGUUGGGAUAGCCACACCAGGCAUUGAGGUUUGGAACCCGGCCUUUGACGUUACUCCACAUGAGUUUAUUGAUAGUAUAGUUACUGAAGAUUCUACUGUGUACGUAAAGAAUUCUGAAGGAGAGUUUAAUUUAGAUAAGUAG